UUUUCUCUACACGGAAAAUGUAGUCGACGCAGAUGUAGGUCAAGAGCCUAAACACAUUUUGUCUUAGGAAAUGAAAAGCUGACAACGACAAUUACACGUCAUUUAAUUUAGUCAUAAAUGCAGAAGAGCGAGAAUUGGAUGCCGACAGAUGCGCUCAAAGACAGUAUCAGUAUCGAGGAAACACUGGUGAAGUGUGAUAGUAUGACUCUGUCCAGUGCACCGCCUUUACGCAGAGGAAGUACCCCUCUGCCAAUCAAACACCAGCUCAGACGGGAAGAAGCAGUUCAUGAUGAUUGUGAUUGGACAUCAGGGUUGGCUGGACCUUCUCCUCCUCCAAUCAGUUUCAGCCUGGCAAAGGAUGAGACCAUCACCUCAGCGGUAGAGGGGAGACCCCCCUCUGAAGGGCCCUUUCGAAUUGCCCUGCUGGGUCAGAAUGGGGUGGGCAAGUCAUGCCUUGCUAUCGCCUUGGCUGGGGAUUUGGAUCGAACUGCAUCUGUGGAUUCUGAAGGGGAGGGCUAUGUGCACACUGUUACCGUGGACGACGAGGACUGCACCAUCCUUAUCUACGACAACUGGAGGCAGGACCUGUCUGAUCUCCAGUGUGAGGUGUGUGUCCUGGUGUUCUCUGUGACGGACAGGCGGAGUUUCCACCGCACCGCCCAACUCCGCCUCCUCCUCAGGGAGACGCAACCGCAAACUCCCAUCAUCCUCGUGGGCAACAAGAGCGACCUGGUCCGUUCACGUGAGGUCAGCACUCAAGAGGCCCUCACCAGCGCUUCUCUGUUUGACUGUCUAUAUGUAGAGAUGUCAGCUUCUCUGGAUCACCGCACGGCAGAGCUCCUGGAGUAUGCUGUGAGGUUAGCCAGGGGCCUCAGCCCGGUGCCUCCAGGGGCCUGUGGGCACGACAUGGCUGGCGGCCGGGAGAGCAUCACCCAUCGUGCCAAGCGUUUCCUCACUAGCCUGGUCCCACGCUACCCCCGCGAGAGGGAACGAGAGGGGGGCAAGUUCUUUAGACAAAAGUCCCGGUCCUGCCAUGACCUGGGUGCCCUGUGAUCAGGGAUGAUGGAAGGGAUAGAAAGAGAGAGGGUUGGCUAGAAAGAGAGAGGGUUGGCUAGAAAGAGAGAGGGGUGGCUAGAAAGAGAGAGGGGUGGCUAGAAAGAGAGAGGGGUGGC